AUGGACUUUCUGCGGGGCCCAGACAAGGAGUUCACCGAAGACAUCUCUGGAUCUUUGAGAGAUAGAGAUGCCUGGAAGCCUGGCCAAUUGAAACAACUCGGAUUCAAAGGCGAAUUGGCUGCACUCGCUCAUGACACUCUCAACGGGAUCUUUGCAGCCGCCACGGACAAUGGAUACAUUUACGUCUUUGGAUCACCCGCAGCUACCCACUCUCUUCAACUACAAGGGACCGCAGUGGAUGCAGGCAUCAAGCAUUUAGGGUUUGCUGCGUCUGCUAAUCGGUUGGUCGCUUGUGAUACGAGGAAUAAACUCCACGUAUGGUCCUUUGCUUCACCGGGGCCACCGACUUUGGAGGGAUCAAUACACGCAGGGGAUGUCGUGAACUGUAUGGCCACCUCGCUAUACCAUUCACAUGCAUUCAUCGGACUCAAAUCGGGACGCACUCUUACUUUUGAUAUCGACCGACUCGUAAUAUCGCCAUACACUAUUCCCAAUGCCUGGCAACAACACGAACAAGUACUCCGUCGUUCUGGACUGUCACCGACGUCUCCAACUUUCGAUGCGUCCUUGGUUCCAAUGGUAAUCGACUUGGCUAUCCAUCCGCGGGACCUGAACUUGUUGCUUGUGGCCUAUGAGCGAGGGGUCGUUCUUUGGAAUAUUGUGGAGCAGAAACCGAUUAGUCAUUAUAGUCUAUCAUUGCUCCCUGGAGCUCCUGGGGCCAUACUUGAGCCCGACAAGUCACCAACGUUGAUGGAAGAGCGCUGUCCUCCCCCCACGUGCGUGGCAUGGCACCCCGAUGGAAGGCUGUUCGCUAUUGGUCACAUGGAUGGCUGUAUCUCAUUUUGGUCUGUCGACGAGGAAGACAAACCAUUGGACGUUCGGACUGUGGAUAGAGCCGGGGUCCACAAAGUUGAUUUCGAAGCGUUUGCUGUGGCCGCCGGCCUACCACCUUCAUCUUCUGCCCCUCCGUUAACUCAUGAACCAAUCUAUAAGCUUUCUUGGACAUCUAAAAUUCCUGGACCUAAUUAUUUGACCCCCGCCAAAGGAUCAUACCUUACUGUUCUCGGAGGACUCCAGCCAACGGCCCCACCGGGUAUUCCUUGCCUGUACUUUCCUGCAUUUAUUGCCCCCGCCAACUCUACGGUAUCUUCCGAAGGGCUCGACUCCAACCCGGCUUUACGCGAUGCUCUUCAUGCGAGUGUCACACCCUCUGCCUACGCGGAAAUUCUGUCAAACCCGCAGCUAGUUAUCGAAGACAUGGUGGUCAUACCAGACCAUAAUCAAAUAAUCCUUAUGAAAUCAGCUCGGGAUGGGAGACGCAAACUCUGGGUAGAACUACAUCCGCCAAGUUCGUUUGUGGACGCGGUCAACGCGCUGACCACAAUUCCCGAUCUUGAUGGUUCUCUCCCGCCUCUCCCGCAACAUGUUCUGGAUGCUCGUUCUACAGGAGCUCAGGGGCCAUCUCGUUUACCUGUGGAGCUGAUGAUGGCGGAUCUUGUGGAGGCGCAACUUUAUGUGGUGCCCAAGAGUGAAUUGGGAUCUUUGGUUCGCAAGACGGUCGAGCGUGUGUUUUCGUCUCCAAAUAGUGGUCAGUCAAACCAGGACGUCCAGAAUGAUAGGUUGGGCUGGUUGAAGGUUGGCCAAGCGACCCCGAAUAUGGAAGGGCGAGCUAAAACGGCCAAAUUCGAACCCAACCGUAUAAUUGUCGCAACGCACGGCGACGGCAUUGUUCGAUUCUACGACUCGAGUUCACAGCUAGUCCUAAACCCCACCCCACUCCAAUUCGAACACCCACAACCUCUCCCAAACCUGAACAUUGAUCCACACUGGACGAUAUCCCACCCUUUGCUUCAGAAAACCCUCGCUGCUUCCCCUGCUUGUCGUAAUACCAAUGCCCCGCCGACCUAUGUCCACUCCCGAGUCCAGUCUGUUCAUUUUUCGCCGAGCUCUCUGGACUGUGCUUUGGUACUUGCUCAUGGUUGGGUGGUGCUGUAUCAAUUUACGCAGGAAGGUACUCCUGUACCGUUUGAAGUCAACGAGCCCUCUGAUGGACUAAUCGACCUGCGGCCUAUGAGUUUCGAGGACGAUGAAGGGUUUAGGCCUAUCUGUCUGGUUGCUGAGAAUAUGAGAGGGGAAGUUACGUGUGCAGAGUUGAGCGGUGCUGGGUUCAUGGCGAUCGGAUACGAAGAUUGCUCGAUCGUUAUAUUAGAUCUCCGUGGUCCAACGGUCCUUGCACGACACGAACCUCAUAUUGAGCAAGGGAAACGCUCAGCCCAAGAUGGUCCCGUACGAUCAUUCCGAUGGUCUCAAUGUAUCAUCUCUGAAGAGGAAGAACCUGGUAUCCACCUCAUCUGCAUCACAGAAUCUGGGCUCACGCGUGUCUUUACGUUAUCCCCACCCAAUCGAAGCUUGAACUGGUCCCUCCGGGGUCAGUCCAAGACAACAAAGCAUACCUCACUCGCGCACCCCAUUUUCAAUUCGGUCGUUGAUCUCGAGUCUGGGCACGUGUGCGAACCCACCCCAGAGGGCUUGCAGAGAAUCACAGACCGAUCCGGGUUGAGAAAUUAUGGGCCGAGCAUCUGGAUUGCGGCCAACCAAACACGAUUACGGACGUUUGCAGGGGUGUUGGGGAAAGAGAUCGCCCAUGUGGAUAGAAAGCCUGGAAAGGAGGUGAUAUGCAUAGACGUUGUUGAAAAGCACGGCGAGGCUGUGAUAGUGGCGUUUGAAAGUGACGGGGAGGCUACAAUUUAUUCUUUGCCGAAACUUGACCGAAUCAAUGGAUUUUCUUUCGGAUACCCCAUGUCCCGAGUCAGCUCUGACUCGCAAGGCGACUUUAUUACUACUUCAGGCCGUAAUUUAUUGGGGCUUAUUACAUUAUCCGAUUUUAGCCGUGCCAGGCAUCCUAUUGUGGAUUUGAGUGUUCCUGCGCCCAUUAUGAGGGAUCGCCCAGAUCCGGUCGAUGGUGGUGGCAUAGUGUCAUGGCUAUGGGCUACAAGGUCGCGGUCCGGAGCUGAAAUCGAUGCUUGUUUGGCCGGCCCGAAUCGUCCCCCACCCAGGGUGAAAAAGGCCAAGUACGUACCAAGUGAAAGACGUCCAGGCGAACCAAUAAGCUCGGUCCGCCCCGCUGCGGAGGGAUCUAGUGCGGCCCGUGCUAAUGCUGCUGCUGGACCGAGCGAUAUAUACUCACGGCUGACGGCGGCGGUUUCCGAGAGAGGGGAGAUGUUAUCCAGUUUGGAGGAUAAAUUUGGACAUCUUGAGGCAGCGAGUAAAGAUUUGGCUUCGCAGGCAAAGCGAAUAGCCGCACAGCAAACUGCAAAAAAGUGGUUUGGAUUCUGA